AUGUCGUCCGACAUGAAGACCCGGACGUUGGGCCGCAAGAACGUCAAAGGUCUCGCGUUGAGCGCUGCCCCGAAGAUCGCUCCAGCCCCAUCAGCUGGUGAUGCACAGAUACCAGGAGCGUUGGGAAAUAAUGUGGCGAGGUCAGACACUCUGGAGAUUGGGGUCGAGUUCAAGCUGGACUUCAAGACUGAGGACCUCAUCGUACUGAAAGAGCUCGGGGCUGGCAACGGAGGGACUGUCAGCAAGGUUAUGCAUGCAGCAACCAAGGUCAUUAUGGCCAAGAAGGUCAUUCACGUGGAAGCGAAGAAGGACGUUCGAAAGCAAAUAGUCCGAGAAUUACACAUCAUGCACGACUGUACGUCGGCGAAUAUCGUUACCUUCUACGGUGCAUUCCUCCACAAUUCAGGAGACGUUAUAAUGUGCAUGGAGUAUAUGGACUGCGGAUCCCUAGACCGCAUCUCAAAAGACUUUGGUCCUGUCCGAGUAGAUGUCCUUGGAAAGAUUACGGAAGCAAUUCUGAGUGGGCUCAACUACCUUUACGAUGUUCAUCGGAUCAUGCACCGCGAUAUUAAGCCGUCAAACGUACUGGUCAAUUCGCGAGGCUACAUUAAACUCUGCGACUUUGGUGUUUCGGGCGAGCUCGUGAAUUCAAUAGCAGAUACCUUUGUGGGCACAUCGACCUAUAUGGCGCCUGAAAGAAUCCAGGGAGCCAAGUACUCGAUCAAGUCGGAUGUAUGGAGCGUUGGCCUCACAGUGAUGGAGCUGGCUAUUGGAAGAUUCCCAUUUGAUGCAAGCGAUGCAGCGGCAGGGGAUAGAGCAAGCGCCGGACCUAUGGGGAUCUUGGAUCUCCUACAGCAGAUCGUUCACGAACCUGCACCAAGGCUACCACAGAGUGAUGCAUUCCCUCCAAUCAUCGACGAAAUGAUCCAGAAGUGUCUUCUCAAGAACCCAGAUGAUCGACCUACGCCUCGCCAACUAUUUGACAAAGACAUGUUUCUGGCAGCCGCUAAACGAACGCCCGUUGACCUGGAGCAAUGGGCCGUUUCAAUGAUGGAGCGCCACAAUCGCAAGUCUCACCUUGCCCCACAGCUAUCACCCUCUACGCAAGCCUUGCUCCGGGGAGAGUCCGUGCCCUCUCCUAAGGAACCGACUGUUUCGACGGUAUCCAGGACUCCUACUUCUGGCGAGAUACCAAUAGCCGACGAAGAGAUUAAGGCAUCGCCGCGCUCGGAACAGCCUCCAAUCCAGCGGGUGAUGCCUGCGGAGAUCAACGGCACAGGCAUGUAUCCUUCUCAGAGCUCCGCCUUUGACCGCCAAGGCUUCCCUCCGCGCACAUCAAGUACCACAGCUCCACUAUCAAGCCGGUCUCGCGAGGGAGAAAGCUUUAGCCCCAAGAGUGGUCUGCCGAGCCAUCCAAGGGAUAGCGGGAACUUCAACCCUCAUCCAAGAGACAGCGGACACUUCAACCCUACCACAACACUGCCAAUUCGCCCAGCCCCGCCGCCUUCUGGACCCUUACCUCCACCACCUAGUGCGAACUUUAGAGGCCAGCGUCCAGUGACCAACGGUUCGCCCUACUCGUAUAGCGAUAGCCAGCAGUACUGA